AUGUUUUAUUUUUCCUUUUUAAAUUUUUUUUUUCUUUCUUCAUCUGUUUUCAUUUUUCCGCUUUUCCUUAUUUUUUUCAAUUUUUUUUAUUUUAUUUUUACAAUAAUUCUCUCGUUUUUCUUUCUUAAUUUCUUUCUUUUCUCCUUCUUUGUAUCUUCAUUCCCGUCCGUAGCUUCAUUUAUUUCCCUCCCUAUUUAUUUAUUUUCAAAUGCUUCCUUUCUUUCUUUCUUUCUUUCUUUCUUUCUUUCUUUCUUUCUUUUUUCCCAUUAUUCAUUCUUUCAUUCCUCUUUACUUUUCCAUCUUUGUCUUUCUUUUAAUUAUCUUCACCGAGUUUUUUCUUUCUUUCUUUUUUUUUUCUUUCUUUCUUUCUUCAACCUUCCCACCCAUUUUCCUCGACCUACUAAGUUUUUUCUCUUUCAUUCAAAUAUCUGUAAACUACUUGUUUCUCACUCAUCUAUUUUUUAUUUGUCUCCGCAUCUAUGUGCAAAUAUUUCUAUACGAUGCCAUCGGCCUUGGACACAAACUCAUGGAAGUAACAGUCAGCAGCCGUGUAUAUCGUUCCGUGAAUUCUGA